CCGAGUUUUGCAUAUCAAAGUACUUAAAAGUUGUACAACCAUCCUCCACAAACUUGCCAGGACUGUUUCUUAUUGUAUGCUUCGCUUUACUGGAAAGAAUGUCGCGGUGAACAGCAUCAUCCAACCACGGCAGCUACACUUGGUACUUUCGGGCCAACGUCUUGCUUCUGGUAGAUUACAGCUGUUUCACCAUGCAAGAGUUGGACGAAAAGUUUCAGCACGAUCUGCCUCUACUUCCACUUCUUCUUCCAAUGACAAGUCUAGUCAUGCCUCAAAUUUACCACCUUCUGCCGUACCACCUCGCAAGCAUCGGCAAACGCAACCCUCAUUUCCAGCAUUUCGUCCUUCUCCAGUAUCAAGUACACCAGAGUCUGCCCCGUCUGCGAUCGAACUAGCGAAGCAAGACAUAGCAGAUGCAGCUGCUAAAGGAGUCCUUCGACCAGCUCCACAUGAUGCUGGUACUAUUAAGCGCUUCACCCAUCAAGCUUUCGAACUCCUUAAAUUCUAUUUCCGAGGGCUGAAGGCCAUAAACACGCAUCGUAAUCAGGCAGCAGCAAUUCGUUCACGCAUAGCUACAGGCGGUGCAGCGCUCUCCAGAGCGGAGUCGCGUUUCAUUAGAACAUUCCACCAGGAUGCAUUGAAACUUAUUCCGUUUGUUAUUGUUGUUGUAGUUAUGGAAGAGCUCAUUCCUUUUAUUGCCCUUUACGUCCCUCGAAUGUUGCCAUCUACCUGCGUCCUUCCAGGUCAACGAGAUCGUAUCAGUGCGAAGGCACGCGACAACCAACAACUGGUCCUCGCAGGGAACUGGCAAUUAUUCGAUGUUUUGCGGAAAGAAAGCGAAAGCUCUGGCUUCAUUCCGACCCUCAGUCUGAAAAAUCCAGGGGCAUUAUGCGGAGUCAUCGGUGUCCCCGCUUGGGGGCCACUUCAACUGGUUCAGUGGCGGCUACAUCGCCACCUUCAGAACAUUGCAUCCGACGAUAAAUUGCUCAAACAAGAGGGGUAUGGACGUGAUCUUACCCUUCCAGAGUUGAAGGAAGCAUUGCAAGAGCGUGGAAUGUCUAUGUUCAGCGAAAGAAAUUCCGCAGAUGAGCUGAGGGCCCAGCUCAAGUGGUGGAUAGAAAUGACAGGGAUCAUGCCCGAGGGCGCAGAUGAUAUCAGUAGGCGCUUGUUCGUGCUCAGCGUUAUCGGAUCGCACAAGUAAAUGCUGUCGGGGUGCCCUGCUAUCUAUCCUCUUGUGGCGCAGUGUGGGCAGACAGACUUUCUUAGAUCUAGAAAUCAAUCAUAAUAUCUCAACUCCACUCCUGCGUUGUCCCUAUCAAUAGAAAUCUAAUACCUAGUGAUAUGUGCACGUGAAAAU